AUGGCACGGCAACGCUGCAGCUUGACAGUCCUCGCCGUUCUCGUAUUCGCGUUGUCCUUACAUUCGGUAACGCGCUCGUCGGCGACCGAAAAAUACGACGUGCUCUUUUACUCCGCCGGACCCUACACCCCGUGCGGCACGUCUGGUAACUUCUCCGCGGUCGGCGUGCAAGGCGCAUUAGAGCCGUACAAGAGAGACGCCACAUCGCUUAAAGGACAAGCGAUAUCGGGGCGAGUGACCGUUUACGAUGACUGCUACUUCGCGCUCUCAGAUCUCAGCAUCAGUGCAGCUGUGGACGCGCCGAUAUCCAUCUGGGCGGGGCCCAAGGACGUCGACCCCUACUCGCACGCCGCGCCCGUCGACCCCUACGCCGCCUCCUCCUUCCCCGCCUCCGCCGCCUACUCCUUCGCACCGGCCAGCACCGCAUUCAACCUCACGGCGACGUCGCUGAUGGCGGUGUUCCUGCAGGCGGGCGGACUCACCUGGGACGAGGCGCAGGUGCUUUACCUCUGCGCGGGGUCCGCCUCCGCGGGAAUCACGCGGAUCUACGCGCAGUUUGCGGUCGGCGGGCGUGAGCACGCGGGCCCGCACGGCAAGACCGUGCGGUGGGUGCGGAAGGCGGUGGGGGCGGCCGCGAGGGAGCAGCGCCUGCUCUUGCCUUCGCCCCCCGCCCGCCCGCCCCCUCCCCCCCCCAAGCCACCUGCGCCGGGCAGCAGCGGGCCGUCCGUCGGGCUGACCAACUGCGUGGAGGCCGUGCCAGGGCGGCUGAACAUAUACUGGACCGUGCAUCACGGCGACGCGGACGCAGGUGCCGCGGGACCGCCGCAAGACGUCUCCGCAGUCACCGGGUCCUCGACCUCGCCCGGCAGCAGCAGCGCUGGCAACGGCGCCGGCGGCGGCGGCGGGGGGAAGGGGCCAGUGGUAGAGAUGGGGAUGGAGGCGCGCGUAGGCGAGGGAUCGUGGGUGGCGGUGGGCGUGUCGCGCAACCAGACGCGCUUCGCCAUGCUGCAGAGCGACGUGACGGUGGGCGGCGUGCUGGCGGGCGGCGGAGGGGUCUUCGCGCGCGACUAUCACAUCACCGCCAAGCAGACAUGCCAGCAGGUCGCGGGCGGCUUCGUCGGCGUGUGCGAGGACGCGCUGCUGGGCUCCUCCCCCACGUCCCUCAACGACGUCACCCUCGUCUCCGCCUCGCGCCGCGCUGACGUCACAUUCAUCCGCUUCACCAAGCCCGCCGCCACGGCGGACGACCGCUUCGACGCCAAUCUGCUGCGCGCGCCGGGCCUCUCCGCGCUCUGGUGGGUCGUCUUCGCCGCGGGCCCGCUCGCCCCCGCGUCCACCGCCGCCGCGCCCACGCUGCUCUUCCACGACCCCGCGCUCGGGUAUUUUUCCGGGGGCACGCGCAUCCCCUUCGCGCCGCCCGCGCCCAUCCGCACUUGCUCGCCUCUCUGGGGCACCAAGCCCGAGUACCACCCCCCGCUCCCCCCGUACGCGCCACCGCCCCCGCCCGGCGCGGCUGCGCCUCCCCCGCCUGGCGCGGACGCGGCGGGGGGCGUGGCGGGGAUGCCGGGGCUGCGCGAGUGCAGCACCGCGGUGGGCGGGCAGGUGUACGCGUUCGACGCGUGCGACGCGCUGCCGGGCGGCUUCCUGCUCAUGUGGUCGCUGGCGGGCAUCACGCUGCGCGCCGCGUUCGUGGCGCAGGCCGUGCCGGACGGCGGGUACGCUGCGGUGGGCCUCUCGCCGUCCGGCGCCGUCGCCAACUCCAGCCUCCUCGUCGUCUCGUACGCGCAGGACGCGGGCGCGGGGUGGGGGAGUGGAGGGAAGGCCGCGGGCGCGGGGACAGGCGGGGCGGAGGUGGAGGUGGGGCAGGUGGUGGUGCGCGCAGGUGCACGGGGCGUGGGGGUGGAGGCGGAGGCGGGGGGCGAUCUGACGGUGGUGAGCAGCGUGGGGCAGGCGCGGAACGGCGCUCUCACGCUGCUCUUCUCGCUGCUGCUGCUGCCCAACCAGACGGCCGCCGCGUACCUCGUGUGGACCAAGGGGCAGCGCGCGCAGCUCUCCCUGCCCGCCGCGGCUGCAGCCAACGAGACAGGGGGGGUGCUGUCGCUGGAUGGGCUGGACUCGCUGAUGACGUCAGCCAUCAGCUUCGAACGCGGCGAGCCGAAAGACGAGUCCAACGACACCAUCCGCCUCUGGAAGAUCCACGGCAUCAUCAGCACGGUGGCGUGGGCGUUCCUCAUGCCACUGGGCGUGAUGGCAGCGCGCUACCUGCGCCAGGUGUAUGCGCGCUGGUUCCCCGUGCACCAGGCGCUGCACCUCGCCGCCACCUCGCUGGCCACCGUGGCAUUCACCAUGGCGCUCACCAUGCCGCACGGCGCCAUUGAGGGCCGUGCUGACAAGGCGUCAAGGGGGGCGUGCGUGGUGGCGCAUACAGCCAUGGGCAUCACGCUCAUGGUCAUCUCUGCACUGCAGCUGUCAGCGCUGGUGUGGCGCCCACACGAGGACAGCAAGUGGCGCCCAUACUGGCGGCGGGUGCACGCAGGGGGAGGCGCGGUGGCGCUGCUGCUGGGGCAGGCGCAGCUACUCGUUGGGCUAUUCAUCUCAGCGGCCCCUCUAUUCUACACCGUGCUGCUGGCCGCGUGGCUCAUCUUUGCUCUGCUCCUCACCACAGCCCUCGAGCUCCACUUCUUCCCCACCUUCUACCGCCUCGCCCACUGCUGGGACCGCCUUCUGGGCCGCAACGCUGACGUGGCGUCUGACGUGGACAGCCUGUGCGCCUCCAGUGAGAGGAUGGCGGGCGGUGCGGGUAGAAAGGGGCCGGCGGCGGAGGGGGAGGGCGGCAAUGGGGAGAAGGGUGCAGCGGAGGGAUGGGUGGCGGCGGUGGUAGCAGUGCUGCGGCGCAGCAGGGGCGCUGGCAUGCUGCCUGAACGGCCCAGGGGGCGAGGGAGGACGGCAAACGGGGGGAAAGGUGAGGGGAGGCAAAGGGGGAGAGGCGGGGUUGCGCAAAGGGGAGGGGGGGCGAGUGAGAGGGCGGGGAGAGGGGGCAGCGUGGGAGCGGGGCACAGCGGGUACAUGAGCAUGGCAGGCGCCAAUGCUCUCACUGACCGCCGCUCCAAGGAGCUGCUGCCCCCUCACCCUCACCCACCCCCACCGCUGCCAGCCCCUGCCCUCCCAGCCCUGCCGCACUCGCAGGCACCUGCACCCCCCACCACUGGUGGCGCUGCUGCUGGUGGUGGUGGGGGGAUUGGCAGAGAGGGGGCAGGAGCGGUAGGGGGGAGAGCGGAGGGGGUGGAGGCCAGGGCGGGGGCGUUUGGGCGAAGCCAGACAGUGGCAGAGGGGGGUGGCAGGGAGAGUGCCGGGGAGCACGGGAAUGGGGCUACUGUACCAGCUGCUGGUGAUGGUGGUGCUGCAUAA